AGACGUCGCCACCGUAAUGCAUCAAUGAAAACGUAUCCGGCGCAUUAGCAUCAGCAUCGUAAUGAGUAAAGAGUGUUGUUUAAUAUUUCUGCCAUCUUCUCAAUGAAAAUCAGCAACUGUUUUAGAGGACUUAUCGAAAUGUCAGUCUCCGUGAUGACUACAAGAGAUUUGGGUGAAAAACUGACGGAAACGCAAGAUGACGGCGUUCUGAUAAUCGAUACGCGUCCUCCCAUGAUUUUUAACGCCUCCCAUAUUAAACAGGCGCAUAAUGUUCACUGGCCACCCAUUGUGAAACGACGCUCGGGUAAUCAUAUGAAUUUGGAAAACAUCAUACGCUGUCCACAUACAAGGGCCAAGCUAGCUGCGGGACUCUUUCAUACUAUUGUCGCUUAUGACGAACGUUCUAUCAGUCUAUCAUCAGUUCCGAAAGACGCCAACCUGAUUCUAGUCUUACAAAGCUUGGAAAAACAGGCAACGAAAGUGAAGAAUCUACGCUUUCUAGAAGGUGGCUUCGAGCAAUUCCGUUACGAACACCUGCACUUGUGCACGUCUGCUUCCUCUUCCCUGCCAAGCGAUGAUGUUAAUCUGGCAUCUAUUUCCGGACACGGCUAUUUAAGCGUUCCAGCGUCUUUACCGAAUAAACAACAUCACCCAAUACUUGAUCAGGGAGAUCCAGUACAAUUACUACCAUGGCUUUAUCUUGGUUCAGCCUGGCACUCACGACAAUUAUCAAUAUUGUCAAGAUUGGAAGUCACCGCCCUGUUAAAUGUCAGUUCAAAUGAGCCUACUCCUCCACCUCCUUUCGCUGUCAAAAGUAAAAGAAUUCCAGUUGAUGAUACCUGUACAAGCGACAUAAGUUGCUGGUUCGCGGACGCAGUCAAGUUCAUUGACCGUGUUCACUCAGAAGGAGGAAAAGUACUAGUUCACUGCUUAGCGGGUAUUAGCAGAUCAGCUACAAUAUGUUUAGCCUACUUGAUGAAACAGAGAAAAUACACUUUAGAUCAGGCAUUCGACUACUUGAAAGCUAGAAGAGAGAUAAUAUCACCGAAUCUGAAUUUUAUGCGACAACUACAAGAAUACGAAACAGCUUUGAAAAGGGAACCGUCAACGCCCUUAGCGUCUCCACCUUCUUCCGCUCCAGUUGGCUCCCACAGCGCUCCGAAUACGCCAAGGGCCAAAAGACGAGCACUAUCCCUUCAAUUAACACCCUGUACUCAGCAAGCGGCCUUCGUUUUCGACAUUCCGUCGAUAUCAUCAUCGAACUCGCCGUCCGGUAGUUUCACGCAUUCGCCAACCCUAGUCGAAUCGCCCUCGUGA